AUGUCGAGCGCAUUCGCAUCCUCAUCCGGCUCGAGCGUCGCAUCCACGAGCGUGUCGGUGUCGACACACGCACGCGGGCUCACCGCCACCGAGCUCGAGCUUGCCACCACCUCUCUGCCCAGCACCUCGCUCACCAUCGUCCCGCUCACCUCGAUCGACCGCGUGCGUCUCCUCUCCGGCAUCUAUGGCCCAUUUCGACCGCCCUCACCUGCGACUGUGCCGCUAUGGGUGGCGCUGUACCUGAAGAAGCGGCGCAAAGCCGUGAUUGUGCCGCCCACCUGGCUGUCCGUCGAGGCGCUCACCGAGACGCUCAAGCAGGAGACCACGCAGGCGGGCUUCUCGCUGCUUCCGCACCACUGGGUCGGCGUGUCGAGCAGUCUGCUUGACAACGCUGCGGAUGACGUACCGCAGUCCAACCGGGUGCGUGCGCUGCUCAAGGACAUCCGCGAGGCACGUCAGAGCAAGAUCCUCGCCGGUGUGCCCAUGCUCAACUCGGUGCAUCUGCAGAUGCACAACAUCUCGGCACACGAAGUGGCCGAACUGCGCGGCUUCUUCUCCACCGCCUUUUCGCAUCUGAGGUCGCUGCGCGCACCCGCAGAGGUGGAGGCAGAGACAAAGUUGCAGGCCGAACUCGAUGCACGCACGGCGUACCUUCUCCUACCACCGCUUCCGGCGAGACUGGACGAUUCGAGCGUGUCAAAGGCCCCGAGCGCACCAAGCGCACGCGCGGACUGGAGCUUGCAAGCCACAGAACAGGAUGAAUCCAUGCGGUCCGAGCUGACCGAUACGUCAAGAUAUCCUGAAUCGCGUGCUGCGCCGAGAAAGUCCAACGUCUCGGAUUCAGGAUACUACUCGGGGCCACAUGCAGCUGCGUCGCCCGACGCUUCGCGCGCCUCGGACGCUCCCGCCCGCCCACCACGCUUUGACGAAGACGACGACGAGUGA